AUGAAGCUUCUUCUUCUCCUUCUACUUCUCCUCCACAUUUCUCAUUCUUUCACCGCCGCUCGUUCAAUCUCCGAGUUCCGUGCUCUUCUCUCACUCAAAUCCUCCAUUGUCGACGAACAGUCACAUCUCAGCUCAUGGAAGCCUUCGACGAGCUUCUGUUUAUGGUCCGGUGUCACGUGCGACGUCUCUCGCCGACACGUGACCUCCCUUGACCUCUCCGGCCUGAACCUCUCUGGUACUCUAUCCUCCGACGUAGCUCAUUUACUUCUGUUGCAGAAUCUAUCAGUCGCUGCUAACCAGAUCUCGGGUCCUAUUCCGCCGGAGAUCGCUAAUCUCUCCACCCUCCGUCACCUAAAUCUCUCCAACAAUGUCUUCAACGGUUCGUAUCCCGACGAACUCUCCGCCGGAUUGGUGAAUCUCCAGGUUCUCGAUUUGUACAACAACAAUCUAACCGGAGAUUUGCCGGUUUCCAUCACUAAUCUGACGCAGCUCCGCCAUCUUCACCUUGGUGGGAACUACUUCGCCGGCCGAAUCCCGGCGGUGUACGGAAGCUGGCCUGUUCUCGAGUAUCUAGCAGUUUCCGGCAACGAGCUAACCGGAAAAAUCCCUCCGGAGAUCGGAAACCUAACGAGCCUUCGGGAGCUUUACAUCGGAUAUUACAACGCUUUCGAAGACGGUCUUCCACCGGAGAUUGGAAAUCUAUCGGAGCUCGUCCGGUUCGACGCCGCUAAUUGCGGUUUGACAGGAGCGAUUCCGCCGGAGAUUGGGAAACUUCAGAAUCUCGAUACGUUGUUCCUGCAAGUAAACGCGUUUUCAGGGACAUUAACUCCGGGGCUGGGGAUGAUUUCGAGCUUGAAAUCAAUGGAUUUAUCUAACAACAUGUUCACCGGCGAGAUUCCGGCGAGUUUCGAACAGCUGAAGAACUUAACGCUCUUGAAUCUCUUCAGGAACAAGCUCUACGGAGCUAUACCCGAAUUCGUCGGCGAUUUGCCGGAGCUCGAGGUGUUGCAGCUGUGGGAGAACAAUUUCACCGGUAGCAUUCCUCAGAAACUGGGGGAAAACGGUAGACUAGUGAUUCUCGACCUCUCCUCCAACAAACUCACCGGAACUCUGCCGCCGAAUAUGUGCUCCGGUAACCGGUUAGUGACCUUAAUCACUCUCGGCAACUUCCUGUUUGGCUCCAUCCCGGAUUCGCUCGGCAAAUGCGAGUCCCUGACCCGGAUCCGAAUGGGUCAGAAUUUCCUCAACGGGUCGAUCCCGAGGGGGCUUUUCGGGUUACCCAAUCUAUCUCAAGUGGAGCUCCAAGACAACUACCUCACCGGAGAGCUACUAGUAACCGGAAGAGUCUCUCCCGACCUCGGUCAGAUCAGUCUCUCAAACAACCAGCUCUCCGGUCCAUUACCGCCGGCCAUCGGAAACUUCUCCGGCGUCCAAAAACUACUCCUGGACGGUAACAAAUUCGCCGGUCCAAUUCCAUCGGAGAUAGGAAAGCUUCAACAGCUAUCCAAAUUAGAUUUCAGCCACAAUCUCUUCUCCGGCCGGAUCGCACCUGAGAUCAGUCACUGUAAGCUGCUAACGUUCGUUGACCUGAGCCGUAACGAGCUCUCAGGUUCGAUCCCUCACGAAAUCACAAGCAUGAGGAUCUUGAAUUACUUGAAUCUCUCGAGGAACCAUCUCCUAGGUUCGAUCCCCGUGACGAUAGCAUCAAUGCAGAGUUUAACAUCUGUUGAUUUCUCAUACAACAAUCUCUCCGGUUUAGUUCCCAGCACCGGACAGUUCAGCUACUUCAACUACACAUCCUUCUUGGGAAACUCCGAUCUCUGUGGCCCCUAUUUGGGUCCUUGCAAAGACGGAGUCAACAAAGGAUCUCAUCUCAAGCCUUUAUCCGCUACCACGAAGCUCUUGCUCGUCCUCGGACUGCUCUUUUGCUCGAUGGUGUUCGCUGUAGCAGCCAUAGUCAAAGCUCGGUCGUUGCGUAACGCGAGCGAGUCCAAGGCUUGGAGACUGACUGCUUUCCAGAGACUAGACUUCACCUGUGACGACGUCUUGGACUCGUUAAAAGAAGACAACAUCAUCGGCAAAGGCGGAGCCGGGAUUGUCUACAAAGGCGUGAUGCCUAGCGGCGAGCUGGUCGCGGUCAAGAGGUUAGCUACGAUGUCGCAUGGAUCUUCUCAUGAUCACGGGUUUAACGCAGAGAUUCAGACGCUUGGUAGGAUCAGGCACAGGCAUAUUGUGAGGCUGCUCGGGUUUUGCUCUAACCACGAGACGAAUCUGCUUGUGUACGAGUACAUGCCUAAUGGUAGCCUUGGAGAGGUGCUUCAUGGGAAGAAAGGAGGGCAUUUGCAUUGGGACACACGUUACAAGAUCGCUCUUGAAGCUGCUAAGGGUCUUUGUUAUUUACACCAUGAUUGUUCUCCGUUGAUUGUUCAUAGAGAUGUUAAGUCCAACAACAUCCUCCUUGAUUCCAACUUCGAAGCUCAUGUUGCUGACUUUGGUCUCGCCAAGUUCUUGCAAGAUUCCGGUACUUCUGAGUGUAUGUCCGCCAUUGCCGGCUCCUACGGCUACAUAGCUCCAGAAUACGCAUAUACGUUGAAGGUAGAUGAGAAGAGCGAUGUGUAUAGUUUUGGAGUUGUUCUUCUGGAGCUUAUCACGGGGAGGAAACCAGUCGGAGAAUUCGGCGACGGUGUCGAUAUCGUUCAGUGGGUGCGUGGCAUGACGGAUUCAAACAAAGAGUGUGUGCUCAAGGUGAUCGAUCUAAGACUCUCUUCCGUGCCGGUACACGAAGUAACGCACGUCUUCUACGUGGCGAUGCUCUGCGUUGAAGAGCAGGCGGUGGAGAGGCCGACGAUGAGGGAAGUCGUUCAGAUUCUCAGUGAGAUCCCAAAGAUUACUCCUACGAAGCAGGAGGCGGUGGAAUCAGACGUGACGGAGAAAUCUCCGGCGUUGAAUGAGUCUUCGCCGGAUUCAGGAAGUCCGCCGGAUCUCCUCAGUAACUAG